AAACAGAGAGAGAAGAAAAAAGCUGUGACCUUUAAUUCGCAGCCACCGUCGUCGUGUCGUGUGAUCAAUAUGCUUGGAGAGUAAGAAGAAGAACGCUGCUUCUCUCAAUUUUGACGAGAAGACCCAACUCCAUUGUUUUCAAUCUCCCUUGAAGAUUUUCGCAGGGAAAAACCAAAACCAUAAGCUAGAUAUAGAGCUAGUCAACUCCACCUUUCUCCAGAGAUAUGACACCCGCAAAGCAAAUUAGUAAACUUUCAAGUUCAGCAAGAUCCUUUAUUCUUAGUGGAUCCAGAUCGAUUGCAGCUAGUGGGAGUUCUCGUGCACACACUGAUGAUGAACCUUGCGUCUCCAGACGCCAGCAGCUUCAGGCUGGAAAACGACCAUCCAGUCUUGUCCUCACGCCUUCGGUAGUUCCCAAGAAGGUUGAUGAUUUUGGUCGGCCAUCUCUAUUGCCACAACAUGUGUCUUCUUCACAUUCGGUUAGUUAUGCAUCAGCAGUCAUUAGAGAGGAGGAUGAGGAAGCUUCUUCAGCACCUAUUGGGGAUCAGAUUCUCAGAGCCGGUGUUAAAGCGGUAAACAUUCUCUCUGAUUUAGCAAACUGUAAGCUUCCUUCGUUUGAUAAAGGAAGUGAAGUAUCUGGACUAUUACCAAAAGCCUUUAUGGUGGAUCCAACUCGGCCUAUCACAAGCGUCAAGUCUUCUAACGUGAAAGCUCUAGGAAGAGACCUCGCCAAAGCUUACCCUGGCUCAUCUUCAAAAGAGAGUAAAACUAGAAACCCUAGUCGCAGCUUCCAAGGGUCUAAGGAAGCUGCUCGAGGGCAGCAUUGUAAUACCAGACACGUUGUGGAGAAUGUUUGCAGCGUUUUGAAAAGCUUCAGGUGGGGCCCUGCUGCUGAAGAGGCCCUAGAAAAACUCCGCGAUGAGAAGAAGAUUGUGAUGAGUCCACGCCAAGCAAACCAAGUCCUUAUGCAGAUGAACGACUACGGCAACGCUCUUGGUUUCUUCUACUGGCUAAAAAAGCAACCUGACUUCAAGCACGAUGACUACACUUACACCACUAUGCUUGGUAGCCUCGGCCGCGCUAAACAGUUCGGCGCUAUAAACAAGCUCCUAAAUGAGAUGGUUAGAGAAGGAGUUCGGCCAAACACAGUCACCUAUAACCGUCUCAUCCACAGCUAUGGCCGAGCUAAUUACUUGAAGGAAGCUAUGAACGUGUUCAACCAAAUGCAAAAGUCUGGAUGCGAACCUGACCGUGUAACGUACUGUACACUCAUAGACAUUCACGCUAAGGCUGGUUUUUUAGAUAUUGCCAUGGAUAUUCACCAGAGGAUGAACGCCGCGGGGAUCGAAACCGACACUUUCACUUACAGUUUGAUAAUCAACUGUCUUGGUAAAGCCGGGCGCUUACCAGCUGCGCACAAGCUAUUCUGCGAGAUGGUUGAUAAGGGAUGUGCUCCUAACUUGGUCACCUACAACAUCAUGAUUGACUUGCACGCCAAGGCGAGGAACUACCAGAGCGCGUUGAAGCUUUACCGCGAUAUGCAGAGCGCCGGGUUUAAGCCUGAUAAAGUGACUUACAGCAUUGUGAUGGUGGUGCUUGGACACUGUGGGUAUCUAGAGGAAGCGGAAGGUGUAUUCAAGAAGAUGGAGGAGGAGAAUUGGGUUCCUGAUGAGCCGGUUUAUGGGCUUCUGGUGGAUCUCUGGGGGAAAGCUGGUAACGUGGAGAAGGCGUGGCGUUGGUAUCAGGCGAUGCUUGGUGCUGGGGUGUUGCCUAAUGUUCCUACGUUCAAUUCACUUCUCAGCACCUUCCUCAGGGUUAACAAGAUAAGUGAAGCUUCUGAGUUGUUGCAAAACAUGCUGGCGUUAGGUCUACGCCCCUCUUUGCAGACGUACACGCUGCUCUUGAGCUGUUGCACGGAUGGUAGGUCGAAGCUUGACAUGGGCUUCUGCGGUCAGCUGAUGGCGAGAACUGGUCAUCCUGCGCAUAUGUUUCUCCUCAAGAUGCCGUCUGCUGGUCCUGACGGGCAGAAUGUGCGGAGUCAUGCGAACAGCUUCUUGGAUUUGAUGCACAGCGAGGACAGAGAGAGCAAGAGGGGACUUGUGGACGCGGUGGUUGACUUCUUGCACAAGUCAGGGCUGAAAGAAGAGGCGGGAUCUGUUUGGGAAGUCGCGGCGCAGAAGAAUGUUUUUCCUGAUGCGUUGAGGGAGAAGAGCAGGAGCUACUGGCUUAUUAAUCUCCAUGUGAUGUCAGAGGGGACUGCGGUGACCGCGUUGUCUAGGACGCUUGCUUGGUUCCGUAAGCAGAUGUUGGUCUCGGGAUGUGGACCUGCGAGGAUUGAUAUAGUGACUGGUUGGGGAAGGCGUAGUAGAGUCACGGGUACGUCGAUGGUUAGACAAGCCGUUGAAGAGCUGCUCAACGUCUUUGGUUCACCGUUUUUCACGGAGAGUGGGAACUCAGGGUGUUUCGUUGGAUGUGGUGAGGCUCUUAACAGGUGGCUGGUUCAGUCUUAUGUCGAGAGGAUGCAUCUGCUGUAAGUGUUGUUUGUUUUACAUUUUAGACUUUAUUUCUUUAUUUAUGAUUUGUUUAGCUUGUAACUCAUAUAAGUUAAGGUUAGGGAUAGAUCUGAAACUGCUCUCCAGUCUUUAUGUCCUCUGCUUUUCAGUUGUAUCUUCCUCUUGCAAUAAACUGUUAAAUGAGG